AAGCCUGCCAUGUUCUCCCAAACGUUCCUGCUCGCUGCUCUGCUUGCCCUCAUCUCUGCGGCGGAUGCACAGUCACGUCUGUUCCACAGAGUCCACCACCCGGCCCUGCAGCCCCCUCUAGCCUUCUCCGAACGCGGCACCCUUCACAUCGCAGACUCCGUCGCAACACUCGAACACUCCGAGACCUACUCUGAUGACCUCGAAGAAUUCGCCUCGGUCCUCCAGCAGUAUCCGGAUGCAUUGUACCAGGUCGCCAUGGAUCGUGCCGGCGAAAAGGACGAGGCGCGCUGGGACGUCUCGUCGGUGAAAGCGUGCCAUCUACCCCGCGCCACCGCUGAAUCCAUCGUGCUCCAUCUAUCACCAUAUGACGGCAAGCCGUUUACCUUGGACUACUUUGUCUCGCCCAUUCCACACGAUGGGUCGUGUCCGACCCCAAAGAAGACCGCUGGUUCCCAAUCCAGCUUUGCUUUGACACCCUUGAAUAACGUAACCAUCUUGUUGCGUUCCCCGACGUCCCCACCCAGGCCUGAGCUCCGGGCCCCGCCACCCCUGACGCCUCAAGGCGAGCCUGUCAAGCCGCCGGUCGAGAAGUCGUUUAUUCAAAAGUAUUGGAUCUACGUCGCUGCCCUGUUGGUUGCUUUACUCAUUGCUCCGAGCCCUGCUGAAGAAGGACAGGGUGGGGAAGGUGGGCAGGCACGGAGAUAACAUGUGAAAGCAGCACAUGGGUUAUAGAAGGCAAUCGGGCUGCUCUAGGUCCUGUAUGGCUGUUUGCUUGGGCAGAUUAAAAUGGCAAACCUUCGUAGCAAGGUUCCCGUGGCCUGUGAUGGCGUUAAGUCUCGAGCUUCUCUGCCCUCGGGAGCUUCAAGAUUCUAGGACUUGGUCAUGCCUGUGGGAUGCUCACACGUGCUAGAGACCCAAAUGGAUCUAGGUCCAACUACUUUCG